AUGAAGACUGCCAGCCUUCUCGUCGCCACCGCUGCUCUGUCUGCUGCCAGCUCCGUCGGACAGAUUACGCCACAGCACGUCUUCGCCAACCCGGACGCUUCGUCGAGCGACGACUUCCACUUCCCGACAGUGCGAGAGUCCGUAGCUCAAGCACGAAAGAUUCUCCAUUUGACGACCGUUGGCGAUCUCGUGACCGUCUUCCCCAGCACCACCAGCAACAAAGAUGUCUCCGCAUCCGAAAACCGACCCGAGGGCAUGGACGGCUCGCCCAUAGGCCUCAUGGAGUACUACGCCGACUGCGACCCUCACAGCGGCAAUCCCGUGCUGCUCGCGCUGGAUAUUGCGACGCCAUAUAAGAAUUAUAAUCACGGUUCCAACAUAUCUCUCAGUAUUCGAUGGUGGCCGAUACAAAAGAAUACAUACUCGAUGCUUGACACGUUCACGAGCUGGAUGUGGAAAACACAAGAUGAAGACGAGAUUCCCACACCACACACCCCCGCCGCUCUGCCGCGCUUCUCGCUGCAUGGGCACUUGGAGACAAUCUCUGCAGAGAGGCUCCAAGAUGGGAAGAUUCAAGCGUGCUUCCUCCGAAGCCAUCCCGACUCGAUCUAUUGGCAGCCGGGAAAUGACAUCCACCAAAGCCACUAUGCACAAUUGGUGGUAGACCAUAUCUACUGGUUUGGCGGCUUCGGUGACAGAGCGAGGAUUGGAUGGCUGCCGCUCGAGAUCUGGCAGAAUCUCACCAUGCAGGAAGUCAUUGAGGCCAAAUUGCCGGGCGAGAAGAAAUACAACCACAAGCGUUCGAGUAACUGGUGGUAG